CAUUUAUGCAUUAAAAAAAAAAUAAACUACUUUUUGUAACCUUACUGUAGGGGAUUAGCUAUUUGUUUAAGUUUUUCCCACACAAUUUUUUAUUACCUGAUAUGAAACUUCCCCUUAAAAUUCGCUGGCUCGAAAUUCGUUUCAGACUCAAAGUUUCUUCAGCAAAGUUGCUCAGAAUGAUCCAUAGAGCAUUUUCUGCAUACACGAUUUUUCCGUCUUCCUGAUCCCCUACAAAGCGACCCGCUCUAAUGCAUACAGACAUAGGCAAGAGUAGCGUUAGUUCAACGGAAACCCGAAUUUUAUUUGAGAGAAAAUCGCUUCAUUAAAAAAGGAGUGUCUCUUAGAUAAUACAAAAAAGCGUUUAGAUAUGUACAUGCGUACGUAUGUACAUAUGUAGAUAAGUACCUAUGGAGGACUUAUGUACUCACAUGCACAUCUGAACGAACAAAUAUAGUCAAGUUCAGCAAUUCUUCUGUAAAGUACUAAAUCAUUGCUUUUCUUUCCAAUAUCUAUCUACAUAAUUUUGGUAAUUGUAUUACCACAAUUUUAAUAAAAAUUUUAUUUUUGGGGAAAAAUUAAAAAGCACAGAUAUUUACAUAUGUGUGUACUCUUCUGCCUUUAUAUUAAUUGUACAUAUGUACGUAUGUACUUACACUUUAAUAGUGAGUAAGUAAAAGAUUCCCACAGGCAUUUAUCCUUCGGGGAAAAUAUAUACAAAUUAGCAUAUCACCUAUACCAGCAGCUAGUAUAAAAGCUCUUGCAUCACCUUUUCCGCAUUUAGUAGGAAACAGUGAAUAGAGUGCACAAGUUUAUCAAAACCUGUUGAAAUUUAAAUUUCUUCCCAAUCAAAAUGGAAGUAAGCAAUAGAGGCUCACAGUCAGCUUUGCCUCAAGUGGAUAUAAAAACGCUUACGCCUUCCAAGAAAGCCGAUUCCGUGAGCACGAUAUCUGGACUUAGUGAAGUGCCGAGUGAUAUUAUUAUUAAGUCCCGUAUUAAAUAUGGUACACGUUGGUCUGCCUGUAAAGGCCUGAUAAUGGAGUAUUCAAAAAAUACAACAAUCCAUGGAAUACGUUAUUUGGUGGAAUUGCGGCGACCAUUUUAUGAAAAGUUAUACUGGUUCAUUGUGCUUGUAAUAUCUGUGUAUUUCGCUAUUUCUCUGAUAUGGGCGACAUAUCUUAAAUGGCAGGACACACCGGUCAUUUUGGGUUUCGACGAAACGCUCGUGCCCGUGCAUAAGAUACCAUUUCCCACAAUAACCAUAUGUCCCGAAAUCAAAAUGGAACGCAACGUCUUCGACUUUCCCAACACAUCGAGCCGCAUUUUGGAAGAGAUACAAAAGUAUGGCUCAUUUAAAAAUUAUGAAAAUCUAAACGAAGCAGAAUUGGAACGUUUUAUGUCUACUUUGCAUAUUUGCGAAUCGGAUGUGGUACGUCGCUUUGCACAAUUUCUACCAAAGGACAUUCGACCAAACAUUACGCAAACGCUAGUUGAUAUUUCGAUAUCGAAAAACGAGACCGGUCCGUUUUGUAAGUGGAAUGGACGAUUUUAUUUUUGUGAUAAAAUUUUCAAUUUUGUGCCAACCGAUGAGGGUAUUUGUUAUCAAUUUAAUGGUCUUCAGGCGAAGGAUAUAUAUCGGGAUGUGAGCUUUAUCAAUUACUACGACCCGGAAGUGGUCGAUUUUAAUAACUUUUUUGACGAUCUACCCCGCUUUAAUAAUUUGACCGGCAAUUGGUCGUUGGAUGAUGGCUAUGUGGAUCAGGGCUAUAAUUCGUAUCCUCAGCGCACAGCGUUUUCGUCGGCACGAAAUGGAUUUUUCGCAUUUUUGCAAGGAUAUGAGCAUAAUUUCGAAUAUGCUUGCCGAAGCUUUAAGCAAGGAUAUAAGGUGUUUGUAACAUCCCCUGAGAGUGUGCCGGUUACAACGGGUAAUUACAUUUUAGUACCGCACGGCGAUGAGGUGAUGGUUAGCGUGUUGCCGAAUUAUGUAAUAUCCACCGAUAACCUACAUGACUUCAGUCCAGAAAAACGCCAGUGCUACUUCAACGAUGAACGCUAUUUGCGUUACUUCCGCUUCUAUUCAGAAUCCAAUUGCCAAGUGGAGUGUUUGACCAAUUUCACUAUAAAUAAAUGUGGUUGUGCCAAAUUUUGGAUGCCAAAACCCGCUGAUGUGCCGGUCUGCAGUGUUGAGGACAUCAGCUGCUAUGAUUCCGCUCAAUCGGAAUUACGUAUUCUAAUUCAGAACCAAACUAUAGCAGCUACAAUGGAUCCAAGCAUGAAAAUCAUUUGUGACUGUAUGCCAGCUUGCACAUCACUAGACUACAAUGUGGAAAUUUCGAGUGCCCGCUAUGAUUUGGCCAAAACUAUACAAGCGUUUCGUGAAGUCUAUGAGCACUCUGAUUUCUUGGGCUCUCGCUUAUCAGUCUAUUUCAAGGAGCAUCAAUUCACGGCCAUCAAACGUACGGUAUUGUUUAGUGUCGCCACUCUAAUAGCCAACUGGGGUGGCAUUUUGGGCUUAUUCAUGGGUAUAUCCAGUUUGAGUCUCAUCGAAUUGGUCUACUUUUUCUCGGUACGCCUGUUCGACAAUCUACGUAAACGGCGUCAAACCAAGAAGCGUUUGAUGAAAUUGGAAGCCGGGCACGAGAGUUAAAUAAACUAGAGAGUGCUUAUGAGAUCUUAAUUGACUUGAAUUUUACUUAAAAUAUCAACUAAUUUGAUUAAUUUGGUGUGAAUUAAUAAAGAAAUAAAUUUUGGUCUAGUCGUGCAUCAGAA